AUGUCCAAGUGCCACCAGCUCGAGGUUGUGCCCUACUGGAGGCUCUCGGUUACUGUCCUGCGAGCAGAGCUCCACCACUCGCAUGACUACUUUUCGGAGUCGGACUGCUACGUGAUUCUAAGGCUCCCCACGUCCUCUGCUCGCUCUCACCGCACCCAGACAGUGCCCAACAGCAACAACCCCGAGUGGAACGAGACGUUUCACUUUCGCAUCCACAGCCACGUCAAGAAUGUUCUAGAAAUGCACGUGUACGAUGAAGACUACUUCACGCAAGAUCUUUGCUCUGUCGUCUUGUUUGAUAUCAGCAAUCUCACCCUGGGCCAGCAGACCAAAAUCUUCAUAAUAAAUGAAAAGACAAAUGAUAAGCUGUGGGUUGAAUUUGAGAUGGCAGAGAGUGCUGAGGAUCCAGGGACGUACCUGUCCAAUGGAGUCCUGGUGGCGGCACCAUUCUCCACUCUAAACAUCACGGCAAAUCUUCUUGGAACUGCACUCCAGAGCCUAUUACUGAAGUUGAAAGGAGCUUAUAAAGAGGAGCAUGUUCUCACUUCUGGCCUGGUGGUACGCUACUACAUCAACAGAGACCUGGAGACAGAGCUCUGUGUCCAGGGUGACGAUACAGUUCAGCCAAUCAAACUUUCACCAGAUACCAGACAGGAAGUGAAAGUGCCUGUUGGAAUGGAUGUUGUUGACCUGGAACUGAAGAGUGAGGAACGGCCAGCGCAGGAGCUGGCAUUGCGUCUGGACUUUGACAUCCCGUCAGCGGAGAAGGACUUCCUGGAGAAGAGGAAGGUGGUGGUGGGGCGGGCUUUGCACAAGCUGCUGGAGCUCAAUUCCCCUCUACAGACAGAUAAGGUCCCCCUGGUGGGUGUGGUUGCU